CGCUCCCUUUAAACCAAAACCCUAAUUCCAUCCAAACUGGGGUUUUCAGAAAUUCACCAAAAUAUGGCAAUUUACGCGGGAACCCUCUGCUUCAAAACCCAAUUUCAGCUUCACUGUCGAGUUUUCUUCAUGCCCUGGGUUAGAAGGAACAGUGCAAUUUCAUGCUUGAAAAAUAGAGAUUACAGUUCAUCAGUUCCGGCUAGGUACAUUCCGAAGAAAUCUUCUGAAGUUAACAAAUCGGAAACUUCUCCCCAGAGAAAGGGUUCUGAUAAAAAAGAAUUUCGUGAGCUUUCGGAUGGUUUUGCAUUGAAGAGUGAGGUUAAAUAUCGGAGAAGUGUACAGAAUUAUAAGAACUUUGAUGACAAGCUUCCCUAUAGUAACUCAUUGUCUAAUGACGUUGAGCAAGCAUCUCCAGAGCUGGAGGAUCAGAUCAAUCAUCUAUCGGGGGCUGAAGGCGAUGAUGUACUCAUGGAAGAGCCUGAGGAGGUUUCUGAAGAGUUGAAUGUAUUGCAAAAUAGUAAAACUACGCAUGAAGUUGAGAAAGCAGCAAUAGAAUUACUUGCCGGAAGGGCUUUCACCGCAGUUGAAUUGAGAAAGAAACUAUGUCGAAAGGGAUUUUCUCUUGACACCAUUGAGGCAGUGAUAAAAGAUUUCAUGAGAAGAGGGCUAAUCAAUGAUAGCAUGUAUGCGGAAGCAUUUUCACGUUCUAGAUGGUCUUCCUCAAGUUGGGGACCAAGGCGGAUAAAGCAAGCACUUUUCACCAAGGGGGUUAGUGAAGUUGAUGCUGAGAAGGCAAUUAAACUGGUGUUUGAGGAUAGAAAAUCAGAUGAGGAUGGAGAAUCAGAUGAGGAUCAGGAGUUAAUUCAUGGCAUGUCAAAGCUCUCAAUGGACCAUUUAUUUGUUCAGGCCUCGAAACAAUGGCUCCGAGGACGAGAAGUUCCUAAAGAGACGAGAAAAUCAAGGAUUGUUCGAUGGCUUCAAUAUCGUGGUUUCAACUGGGGUGUUAUCAGCUUUAUAUUAAAGAAGUUAGAAUCUGAGCACCCACCCUAGAACACAAUAAACUCAUCUCAUUUUCAGGCCAUGUAAGAACAAAAUGGUGUUGUCCAUACUCCAUAGCCAUCAACUGAAAUGCAUAUUGUGUAGUAGUGUUCGGGUCUCUGUUGUCCCUUGUUACUGUAGCCAGAGAACUAGUCACUUUGGACCUUAUCAGAACAUAAUGUCGCAUUAGCCGACCCUGGCACCACCUAGUUUUGAUGAGUUGAAGCCUACACUAAUGACAACAUAGCUAGAGACAGGCAAGAGGUGGGCACUACUUAGCUGUUGUUGGUAGGAUCAACAUUUUUGGAGCUAAAAAGGAAACUCUCAUGUACUGUAAAUAAUUUCUUCAAUAAAACUUGGUCGUUUCUGUUGCUGCA